UACAUGCAUUCACAAUCUUCUUCAAGAACCUACGGGUACGAACAAGCCACAAAGAUGCCAAGAGGUUACACUCCUGCCGAGGCUUUGGUUCUGCUGCAGAACAUGGACCCUUGUGACUCGGAUGGCGGGGAAGUAUCCAUUCACUUGCAAGAGUGUUCAGACUCUGACAUGUCUUCAGGUGAUGAGAUGUGUUCCGGGUUAGACAGUAUAACUCCUCCAAAGAAGAAAGGUCGGCUGGAGACACAGACCACACAGAAAGGUUCCAAGUAUGAGACAGCAAAAGAUGGCACAGUGUGGGCUGAAGAAGAAGUGGGGAGGCCACUCCCUCAUGGCCAACCAGAAACAUAUACAUGUGAUGGAGAUCCAACAGAAGAAGUCAGAAGAACUGUCAAGAAUCGCUUGCAGAGCUUCUUGUUUUUGGUGAAUUGGGGCAUCCUUCACACUAUAAGAAAAUGUACAGUUCAGCAUGGCCGCAGGAUGGAAGCAGAUUGGGACAUGUCUGUCUAUGAACUGAUGGCAUUCAUCUCCAUCCUUCUCUGGAGAGGGGUGAUCAGAAUUCCAUCACUGGCUGAUGCAUGGUCGGAAACAUUGGGGAUCUCGCACGUCAAGAGCACGAUGGCCCGAAACCGCUUCCAGGACAUCAUGAGACAUCUACGCUUUGAUGACAAGGACACACGCACUCAGCGGUUAGCAACGGACAAGUUCGCAGCAGUUUCAAACGUUUGGCAGAUGUUUGUUACUAACUGCAUCAAGUCUUACAACCCGGGCCAGCACAUCACUGUCGACGAGCAACUUUUUCCAACCAAGUCUCGCUGUCCUUUCCAGCAGUACAUUGCCUCAAAACCUGACAAGUUUGGGAUCAAGUUCUGGGUUGCAUGUGACUUGAAAUCAAAAUACAUGUGCAAUGCUAUCCCUUAUCUUGGAAAGGACCACAGUCGUCCCUCUGGGGAGAGACUGUCCGAGAAUGUGGUAAUGAAGCUGAUGGAGCCUUUCAUGGACAAGGGAAGAACUGUUACCACUGACAAUUACUUUACAUCAUUGUCACUCGCUGGACGACUGCUCAGCCGGAAAACUACUCUUGUUGGCACCAUAAACAAGAUUCGUCGCGAGCUUCCACAAUCAGCAAAAGAAUCUUCGGACCGCAACAAAUUCACCACACAGGUGUUUUCAACCACUGGCACCACACUCACAGUUUAUGCGCCCAAGAGGAAGAAGACCGUCUGUAUCCUCAGCACCAUGCACAACAUAGUUGAGAUUGGGGAUAACCGAAAGAGGAAGCCAAACACAGUCACUGAUUACAUGAAGUGCGGCGUGGACAUUAUGGACCAGAAGGUUCGACAGUACACCGUAAGCGCAGGAACACGGCGAUGGCCAGUCGCCGUGUUUUACAACAUGAUCGACAUGGCAGUGAUGAAUGCUCACGUGCUGUAUCAGGCAUGCACCGGAGUGAAGGAGAGAAGGGUGGACUUCAUGGCGCAGCUUGCAACUGAGCUUGCUAAGCGGUUUAUGCAAGAAAGGAUGGUGGACAAGGAGCAGCUGCUUUUGCAACAACCUGCCACACCACACCCAGGGAAAAGGGCCAAGUGUCAGGUGACCGUCCAGUGCAAGAAAAAUAAUGCAACCUUGCGCUGUGUGGACUGCUACAAGUACACCUGUGGGAAAUGCAAGAAGGAGACUGACUGGCAGUGCCAGAUAUGUGCCAACAGAUCACAUCAAUGAACUGAUAAAAUACUGGUCACUCCCACACACACACACACACACACACACAUAC